GUAGGGGGAGCUGAGGUCUUCCGCGCUCGUGAGAACCGCGCGAGGAAACACGAGGAGGCGGGGCUUCACUCUCCCUUCGACCACAACAAAGAUGGAGUCGCGAUAUGACCGCUAGCCUGUCAAUUUUCAUGGCGACGCUCUGAAACUGGCGUUGAACUGAAGAUGGACGCGUCAAGUUUGUUAGAUCAGAUCGCGGAGAAACGCGUUUGCAUCGUCGGGUCCGAGCUGGUGGACAAUUACACGGUUUACAUCAUUGAAGUCAAAGUUGGAGAUCACAGCUGGACGGUUAAACAUCGCUACAGCGACUUUCAUGAUCUGCACGAGAAACUCACUGCGGAAAAGAAGAUCGAUAAACAUCUGUUGCCACCCAAGAAGAUCCUCGGGAAAAACUCCAAAAGCCUCGUCGAGAAGAGACAGAAAGAGCUUGAGGUUUAUCUGCAAACCCUCCUGAGCAGUUUCCCGUCCUCGACCCCCAAAGUCCUUUCCAACUUCUUGCAUUAUCACUUAUAUGAAAUCAACGGAAUUGCUGCUGGCUUGGCAGAAGAGCUGUUUCAUAAGGGUGAGCAGCUGUUAGCUGCAGGUGAGGUGUUUGUACUGAGACCCCUGCAGCUGUACGCCGUCACCCAGCAGCUAAAACAAGCCAAACCCACGUGUGCCAACGGUGAUGCCAAAACUGACCUCGGGCACAUUCUGGACUUCACCUGCCGCCUCAAAUAUCUCAAGAUCCCUGGAAUGAAAGGAGCGGUGGGUGCGAGUAACAUUGAGGAGCAGAGCCUACCAUUCGACUUGUCCAUCUUUAAAGCACUUCUCCAGAUUGAGAUCAGCGAUUGUGAUGUCGGACAGAUCGAAGGUCUGCCGUAUCUGAGACCCACACUGGCCACGCUCAACAUUCACAGAUCAGCCAGCAGUAUGAAGGAAAUCUUAGUACCUGAGGCAUCCGAGUUUGCGCAGUGGGAGCCGGAGGGCGUCCAUACGGAUUGUCCCGUGACUGCGAUCGUUUCGAAAUGGAAGACGCUCACGACUCUCGACAUGAGCCGAAACUUCAUUCGCUGCAUUGAUGAAUCAAUGAAGCUGAUCCCUGCGGUUGAAUUUCUCGAUCUCAGCCACAACGAGUUGUCUUCAGUUGAAAACCUUCAGCAUUUAUACAAUUUGGUUCAUCUGGACCUGUCCUUCAACAAACUCACCGUCAUGGAGGGCGUUCAUACUAAACUCGGGAAUAUCAAGACUCUGAAUCUAGCUGGGAAUCAGAUGGAAACCCUCUCUGGACUCAGCAAACUUUACUCUUUAGUUAACUUGGAUUUAAGCAGCAACAAAUUAGGCCAGCUGGAUGAAAUUAAACACAUCGCCGCUCUUCCCUGUCUCGAAAAACUCGCUUUGGCCAAUAAUCCCAUGUGUAUCAUCCCAGACUACAGAACUAAAGUUUUGGCACAGUUCUGUGACCGAGCAUCGGAGGUGUGUUUGGACGGCACGACCACUACAGAGAAAGAGUUUGAUACUGUCGAGGUCCUGAAAGCCAUUCAGAAAGCCAAAGAAGCUAAAAACCGAAUGGCAAACAAUGAGAAAAAGGUGAGUGACGCCCCGGGUCCGGCCGAAGGUGGGCCGCAGUCAUCGUCCUCCUCUGCCUCGCCCUCCCUGUCCCGCUCCACCUGCUCCAGUCAAGAUAUAACUUGUAAAGAAAAAAAAAUUGUUACCAAAGAAAUAUUAACUCCUGUGGAUUCUACAUUUACCCAGAGAUGCUAUGAUGUUUACAAUACAACCUGUGAUGUCGACCCGCAGGUGAAAACUGAUUCCUGUUUGUCCCCUGAAGUCACCCGUGAGAGUGGCAGCUCCUGUUGUUGUGAAGAUGUCUGGAAACCCUGGACCACAAGUCUUUCCAAUCUCCACUUGCCUCCUUCAUUACUUCUUUACAACAAAACCAACCAAGACUUCACCAACAAGCUUUCUGCUCUCAUCAACCAGUCCGACAGAGAAGAGUCAACACCAAAACCACCCAUCACAACUUCUUUAGAAGUUACAGACCAAGAUUGUCCUCGAUCUGGGGAUGGAUACUUCGAAAUGAGUGUAGAUGAUAGUCAAGAAAUCAUGGGCUGCUCCUCAUCAAAUUUAUCUGAUGAUGUAAAGAAGGACUCGGAUGAUGUUAAUAUAGUGGUUUGGUCUUUUUGCGUCAGUGUUGGAGAAGGUUUGAGUCAGCGGCCAUCUUGUUUGGUGGCAACAAAUGGUUCGCUGGUGGUUUUCAAUGCACGGUUAGAAGAACCAGCAAGCACGUUGGAGGAGCUAAUGGAGAACCUCGAGAAAGACUUGGUUGUGCUGUAUUCGGACAUUGUAAGCUUUCAGUUUGAAAUUCCAGACGUUUGUGUCUCCUUAAAGGUUAAGUGUAGCAAUACACGCUGGUUUUUCUUCGCGGACACCCAGAGUCUGAAUGAGAUUCACUCUUAUGUUAGUCCUCAAGUGAACCAAAUUAACGUUAGUGCUACCUCUAACGUAAAACUGUUUGUCCGACAGUUUAUAAACUCGUGGGAUUUUGAAGGAAACGAGGGCAGUGUUAAAGGCGGACACUUGAUUCAUUUCUUCAAUUUCGAUUCGAAAUCUACCUCCGACAAAGUCCCAAACACCUCCGAUGUUUUAUCUCAGAUCCGCGACAAGGACCAAACUUCCAAACCCACGAUGCUCUUCAUGACCUCUCGCCAUUUCUGCGUUCUCAAAGUCGACUUCAUCGCCCUGGCGGGUCGAGACCCCUCGGAGGCGAAUGCGUUGCGUAGCUGCUCCAAAAUGAUCCGCAUCCCUCUUUCCUACAUGUUUCUCGACCCCAGACAGAGUUGCUCAUGUAGGAACUCAACUUUUGGUGGUUUCCGUGGCGACCAUGUCGUAGAGUUAAUGGCGGGUCACGAACGCCUGACUGUCAUUUUCGCCCUGCCGAAAGAGAAAUUCACCUUCCUCAGAGACUUCGCCUGGCUGCGUUCCAAUCUCAGAGAAAUUAAGACCAUCACCCUACAACGCCACUUGAGAGUUGGCAGUUGCAACGACUCCUCAAUAACUAACCAAGGAUAUCCGAACACAAGCGUUCCUCAGGAUGCAGGACGGCCUCAUCUGUCCUUGUCUCUGCUGUAUCCAGCCACAUCUCUCAUUCAGCAAUUGACCGAAGACAACCAGUGUCCUUCACAUCUCACGCUGUCACCGUCUUUACUCUUCCUCUCGUCUUUAAAGGGAGAACAGCUCGUUCACUUCUUCCGCGAUAACAUCGCAGAGGUGGAAAACGAAGAACUGAAGAUGAUCCUUUGGACCUCAGUGCUGUUCUACACAUCUCCUGAUGUGGAGACGUCCGCUUGCGCCCUGCUGUCCACAAGAGCCAUCUAUCUCAUCCUGGAUGAUUCAGCAGCGAUGCUCGCCAACCAAUCCAUGAUGUGGACCUGGCAACCAUCCGAGCAGAUAGACUCAGACUUCUUCAUCUCCUACAACUUUACUAUCAAACUGAAGGACCUUCAGAGCGUCAACGUAGGCCUGUUUGACCAGUACUUCAGAAUCGUGGGUCCUACAGCCGAUCAGAUAAUUUCAUGUCUGACCCGUGAUGGUUACGGUACACACCGGUUCCUUCAGCAGCUCAUGAUGGUUCUGUCACUGCUGGAGAAGGUUCCUUCACCCGAGCCGUCUGAGAUGGACUUCUAUUCACAGUUUGGAAACAAAAGCACAGGUAAAAUGGAAAACUAUGAACUGGUCCACUCCAGCAAAGUAAAGUUUGUGUACCCCAGCGAGGAAGAGAUCGGAGACUUGACCUUCAUCGUGGCGGAGAGGAAGAGCCCUCAACCUCCAUCUCACUCCUUCAACAUCCUUCUCUACGUGCUGGUGUUCCAGGUCCACGUCAUUCCGGAUCAAACCGGCAAAAACCGAAGCCUCCUCCAGCCCAAAACUCUUAUUCUCACCAGCACGGAUGUCUUCCUGCUGGAUGAGGAUCACAUUAGUUAUCCUCUACCCGAAUUCGCAAAAGAGCCACCGCAGAGAGACAAGUACCGCUUGACGGACGCCCGACGGAUCCGCGAUCUGGACCGCGUGCUGAUGGGCUACCAGACUUACCCGCAAGCCCUCACGCUGGUCUUCGAUGAUGUUCCCGGGCCCGAUCUUCUGUGUCAUCUCACCAUGGACCAUUUUGCGGAGCAGGAAGGGAGGGGUGAUAGAACGCAGGGGGGAGCGGAGGGUGAGGUGCAGUGGUGUAUAUUCGUACCGGGAGCAGACAGCAGGGAGCGACUGAUUUCUAUUUUGGCUCGCCAGUGGGAGGCGUUGUGCAGUAGAGAGCUGCCGGUUGAACUCACGGGAUGAAACAUAAAUAAAUUUACAAAACUACAAAUUUUGCUUUUUUUGAACUCUUUUUUUUUUUACAUAUUUGAUAAAAUGCAUCCUGGGAAACGUAAUAUUGUAGAGUCCACAUGAGUGUAAUAUAUAUAUAUAAAUAUCCAGUAUUUAGUACAUGUAUUAUUUUUUUAUUAUUUUCCUCUGGCUUCAGACUUUGCUUUUUGCUGCUGUUCAUUUAUUUAUCUGCUGCUGUGUACAAUCGAACAUUUGUCAUGAAAUGCAAUGUCUGUUUUUUUUUGCAACAGUGUUAUAUUUUUAUUUAGCGUAAACAUGCCGUGGAUUGAUUUUUUUUAGGCGUUUUAAUGAUGGAUAAAAGUCUUUUUAUACAUAAAUGCUGUUUUUAAAGUUUUAUUGUAUUAGGAAGUAAGGAGAUUUGAAUCUGUGGAUUAUUUUAAACAGAUUGUAUUGUUCAUUCGGGUUCGUAAGAGGAAACCACAGAGCACAUGUUUACAAAACACAUUCAGCUUUGUGAGAUUAUUAAUAUGGGAAGUCGAGACUUAACAAGCACUUUGCAUUUCUAAGAAAAUAAAUGACAUUUAAAUAUAAAUUUUUUUAUGAUCUUUAUAUAUGUGGGAUUUUUUCUUUUUAAAUACAUACAAAUGAAAUAUAUAAAAACAAUAGUUUUUACUCUAAAUAUGAAAUAGAGCUGUCACAAUGAUUAAAUAAUCGCCUCAUUGCGAUUGUUUGACCUCAUCGCGCUGAUUUCAGAUCACCGCAAUGAUUGCAUAUCUCUCUAAAAAACACAAGGGGGAGCUGGAGUGCAACUUUCAGCAGUAUGAAUUGCAAAGUAAAACAUACAUUUCCAAAUUUCAAAUGUAGGGAUUUUUUUUGUUAUGUGUAUUAAUAUUUACUGCCAGGUAAAAACCUUGCAAAAUAUUUAACAAUGUUAGAAAAAUUAUUUCAUGAACAAACAUGACAAAAUGUAUGAGAAUUAAACGUCAAAGCCCUAAAACCGGCAAUUAAUCGUCACAAUUUAUUAGACAAUUAACCGUCAGCCAAAUUUCAUAAUCGUGACAGCCCUAAUUAUGAAAAAUAACAAAACAUGAAACCAUGUAAAAACAACAUUUAUAUAUUUAUAAGAUUUAAAAUUGUAGUUAAAGGGAUAGUUCACCCGCAAAUGAAAAUUUGUAAAACAAACACUUCUGGGGCACCAUUGACUUUCAUUUUAUUUAUUUUUUUCAGUCAGUGGUGCCCCUGAUUUAGCUGGUUAAAACAGUUUUCAAAAUAUCUUUGAAAAAAAUAAAUUUAUACAAGUUUGGAACAAUGUGAAGGAAAAUAAUGACAAAAGUUGAAUUUUUGUGUUAACUAUCCCUUUAAGUUAAUUAUGUUUUGUCACACAACUAAAAUGCAUCUUGCAGAUAUACAGUGCUUAAGAAAUGUAAAAGACCACCAACCAAUGUAAGGUUUUUCCAUAUAGUAAAGCACAGUUUUUACUUACAAUCCUUGAUAGAAAAAUACGUUUUAAUGCUUGAAUAUUACCCUCAAUAAAUGUCUGACUUCUGAGAGAAGUUGAAUGUGCCGGCUCAAAUUUUGGUAUAAAUCACGUAUUUAAUUUGACAUCCUCACUCCUGUCCAAAAUGAUGAAACACUCUGAUAAAGAAAAAGUUAACAUCAAAGCACUUCAUGAAGCUGGAUGAUCUUCGACAGAAAUAGACAGGUGGUCUAAUAAAUUUGUUAAGCCCUGUACAUAAAUUGACCUCUAAAAAGUCAUGUGAUGUACUAAUGGCAAAGCGAAAAUAAACUCCCAUUCUAAUAAAUAAUUUUGUUUUCCCUGAGUUUCAUAGUCAGCAAUCUUAGAUCCUGCUGUGAAACCCAAUGGGCAUCGGCUAUUGUUCAAAAAAUAACAUUUGUGGCCGGGUUGACCGCUAAUACAGAUUAUUUCAGAAACUUUUAGGAAACUGACACUGAUAUUUUUCAGUGGUGUCACAAUUACGACCUGGCAUCCAGUAAGUGAGAAAGGCCAGGAAAUGUUUGCUUUGUUAAAUGAACAGGACCAACACUGGCUAUUCCAUGACCUCCAUCACUUCCUGUUAUUUCUUGGUAGAAAAACUGGUCUGCAUAAAGGUCAGGUUGGAAUCACUGUGUGGUUUGUUCGGAAAGAUAACCUUUAAUUAUAGAUUUGGGGAUAUUAAAUGUAAGCCCUUAUCUUGUAGUUGGUGCAUUCUGUACUAGCCUGAAUAACAAUGUAAUAUUUCUGAACAUUUUUGUUUGUUACUUUGUGACUGGAUCUGUUUUAUCGCCCCUGUGAGACUGGAUUUAGGGCGGUAUUUGAUAUGGGGUGGCAAUAUUCACUUGUAUUUUAGGGCUGUCAUGACAGUUAAUUGUCUAAUAAAUUGUGAUGGUUAUGAGGAUUAAUUGCCUGGUUUAGAUUUAAUUGCUUUGACAUUUAAUUCUCAUACAUUUUGUUUGUUCAUAAAAUAAAAAAUUUCACAGAUUGUUGUGAUU